UUUAAAUGUUAUAAAUAUUUAUUCAUAUUCUAAACAUUUUAAAUUUUGAUUAUUUAAAUGAUUUUUUCACAUGACAAUUGCCUUAAACCCCGUUUAUAGUGCCUCCAAUACUUUUCAAUCCUCGAGCAAGACAUCAAUGGCUAUUGAACUCGAAGAACUGAUUGGCUUUCUAUCGUCUCCUUCCCCCACAGUUAAGAAAGCGGCUGUGGAUAUAGUUCGAGAUUAUACUGGGUCCGAAGAGGGGCUGCAAUCUCUUGGUAAAUACUCCAGCAUUGUGCUCCCGUCUUUGUCUCUGCUGCUCGGGGAAAGCAAGGAGGUUUCAGAACCUGCAGCACAAGCACUUGUGAAUUUGUCUCCAAAUCCAAAGUUAGCAGGUGAGAUGAUCAAAAUGAAUAUGAUAAAAAUGGUAAUGAAGAUUUUGUACAAGCAAGACUGUGAAAUUAUGCAUUUGCUGGUCAUGCUCCUUGUUAACCUGACACAACUGGAUGCUGGUGUUGACUUCCUGAUCAAGUCAGGUGAUGAAAAAAUGCAUGGCCUGUAUGUUAUGAAGCUCGUGAGGUCUUUCUGUUCAUCAUCUACUGGGAAAAAAGGUGAUCCCUUUGAGCACGUAGCUUCUGUACUGGUGAAUAUUUCAAAAAAAGAAGAAGGGAGGAGGCUUCUGCUUGACCCAAAGCGGGGUCUUCUGAAGCAAAUUAUUCGGCAGUUUGAUUCACGAAGCAUGCUGCGAAAGAAAGGGGUAUCUGGAACUAUUCGCAACUGCUGCUUUGAAGCUGAAAAUCAGCUGCAAAAUUUGCUUUUGAUCUCAGAAUUUCUGUGGCCUGCUCUGCUACUGCCAGUUGCUGGAAACAAGGUCUAUACUGAGCAAGACACGUCUAAAAUGCCACCUGAGCUUGCAAGUGCACUUUCCAUUGAGCGUGAACCUGUGUCUGAUCCUGAGAUUCGUGUACAAACCUUGGAAGCUAUUUACCUACUUGUCUUACAGGAGGCGGGUCGAAGUGCAUUUUGGUCAGUGAAUGGUCCCAGGAUACUACAAGUAGGAUAUGCAGAUGAAGAAGAUCCAAACACAAUGGAAGCAUACGAACGAAUUGGCUCCUUGCUGAUACAAGAGAGUGGGUGUGGGGAAGAAGCAUCCAUGGACGAUAGUAACAGUCAAGCUAUGCAUUGACAAAGUACAGGCAGGGAGAGCCUUACAGUUUGGACCAAAUGCAUAUGGCGAAAGAUGAAACUGAAACAUGUACGUGUAGCUGUUAUUUUGUACUGAGUAGCAUUUUAACUUGGUUUAAUAUUUUAUGCUUCUGAUUUAAUCACCAUUUGUUUGUGGUAGAUUUUCCAAAGAUCAUCACUCUACAUCGUAGAACGAGAUUCUCUCUUUUUCAUCCGUGCCCAAUUAAUAUGGAGUAUUUGU